AUGCACCAAACGUAUAGGAAAUCAGGAUUACGGAGUCCGCUCUUCACCGUCUGUGAAAAGGAGCCUCGAGUUGUAACCACAUUCGAAAAUUUUGACUCACUUUUGACUCCAGAUGACCAUGUAUCGAGGAGGCCGUCGGAUACGUAUUAUGUAAACAAAUCGCACUGUCUUCGUGCUCAUACCUCUGCCCAUCAAUACCAGUUACUGAAAGAAGGUCUCGACGCAUUCAUUGUUAUUGGAGACGUAUACCGCCGUGACGAAGUUGAUCGCACUCAUUAUCCUUGUUUCCACCAGGUGGAAGGCGUUCGGCUUUUCUCUCCGCACCAACUAUUCAAUUCUCCACCUGGAGCUGAAGUGGCUGUCUUUGAAAGGUCCGAGAGGACGCCAACCAAACAAGAGAAGCAUACCGAGGACGCUGCUAAAGCACUUGAAAUCCAGUUGAAAACUACUUUAGAAGAUCUCAGUGAUGCGCUCUUUGGAAGUGAAUGUGAAAAGCGAUGGGUGGACGCGUAUUUCCCGUUCACACAUCCUUCUUUUGAACUUGAGGUGUUUUAUGAAGGAAAGUGGCUAGAAGUGCUCGGUUGUGGCAUAAUGGAGCAGCAAUUAUUGGAAUCUGCUGGCGCUGGAGAUAAGGUUGGUUGGGCGUUCGGUCUUGGACUGGAGCGACUUGCCAUGAUACUAUACGGGAUUCCAGAUAUACGGUUGUUCUGGUCCACAGACUCAGGGUUUCUGUCGCAAUUCGCUGACAAACUACCCACCGACAAGAUCAAAUAUAAGCCGAUUUCUGUACAUCCUCAGCUCUAUUCGACAAUGUCGUUCUUUUUGCGCAGAGGGAGUAGUUUUAUCAUGGAUCAUGACAGCCAAUGUGUGAUCCUUACUGAUGAGUUCACCAAUAAGAAGAAUCGUAAAAGUCAAACUUAUCGGGUCGUCUAUCGGAGUAAUUCAAAAGCGCUCACAAAGGAGGAAGUUAAUGUAGUACAUAAGCAGAUCACAGAUCAAUUAUCAGAGCUUUACGGUGUUAUUUUGCGAUAG